ACCUUAAGGAACCUAACUCCCCAAUCCCCAUUGACUCAAGGUCUCGUUAUCCACAGUUGUAGACCAGAACGAGACUCCUGCAGAUAACAAGGACCACCUGUACAAAUGAAGGCUAUUGUCUGUUACAGGGGAGUAUAUACUCAUUGGGUGUUAUGGGGUGUGGUGGAUAAGAAAUAGUUAUCUGUGAAUAUGUUCAAUUAAUACAGUUUUUCUUCCUGAAAUAACAUCUUCAGAUAGGUCACUGAUAAGCAUUGUCCCUUUCCAAAAUACACAGUGUUCUGUCAAAGGAAACCAAGGAGAAUAAACCUAUUGAACUAUUCCAGGGUUCUUCAUGUUCUCUACAAAAGUCUGUCACAAAGGGUCUUUUUGGAUGGCUCAGGCUAUAGUGAUGGAGAAAAAAAGCGCUUCUUGAACAAGCCAUGAUUGGCCCAUCUCCAAACCCUCUACUCCUGUCCUACCUGAAAUAUGCCAUUAGUUCCCAGAUGGUGUCAUAUUCUACUGUAUUGAUGGCCAUCAGCAAGUUUGAUGACUUCUCUCGAGAGCUCUGUGUCCAAUCACUGCUGCAAAUCAUGGAUAUGUUCUGUGACCGGCUCAGUUGCCACGGCAAGGCAGAAGAAUGCAUUGGCCUCUGCCGUGCCUUGAUGAGUUCCCUCAACUGGAUGCUGCGCUGUGCCGCGUUCUACACAGAGAAGCUAAAGGAGCCGCUGGAGCAGGGAGCUGCUGAGAAGCAGCUUGAGAUGUGUCUGAAGCGACUGGAGAAGGUCCUGGGCAGUACCAAGAACCGGGCCCUUAUUCAUAUAGCCAAGCUGGAAGAGACACCUUCCUGGAGUGCAGUUGAACAGUCCCUUGCCAAACUAGGAGAGGGUUUGGGGCACAUCAGCAACAACCUGUUGCGGAGCCAGGCAGAGGAGUGCAUCGGCCUUGUCAAGAGUGUCCCCACCAUGCUGUCUGUACAUUCGGAACAGCUCAACAAAACUGGCUUCCCCACCAUCCACGCUGUGGUGCUGCUGGAGGGAACAAUGAAUCUGACUGGGGAGCCGCAGCCGCUGGUGGAGCAGCUCAUGAUGGUCAAAAGGAUGCAGCGUAUUCCAUCCCCACUUUUUAUCCUGGAAAUCUGGAAAGCUUGCUUUGUGGGCCUCAUUGAGUCUCCUGAAGGGACAGAGGAGCUGAAGUGGACAGCCUUCACUUUCCUCAAGAUUCCGCAAGUACUGGUGAAGCUGAAAAAAUAUCCCCAAGGAGAAAAGGAUUUCACAGAAGAUGUGAAUUGCGCUUUUGAGUUCCUACUGAAGCUGACGCCACUGUUGGACAAGGCUGAUCAACGUUGCAACUGUGACUGCACAAGCCUUCUCCUUCAGGAAUGUAGCAAGCAGGGCCUGCUGUCUGAAGCCAACAUGAACAACCUUGUAGCUAAAAGGACUGCUGACCGAGAACAUGCACCACGUUUAAAGUCUGCUGAGAAUGCUAACAUUCAGCCCAACCCAGGCCUCAUCCUGCGAGCGGAGCCCACUGUCACCAAUAUCCUGAAAACGAUGGAUUCAGACCACUCAAAAUCUCCAGAAGGGCUGCUGGGUGUCUUGGGACAUAUGCUGUCUGGGAAGAGUUUGGAUCUGUUGCUGGCAGCUGCAGCAGCUACAGGGAAGCUGAAAUCCUUUGCUCGGAAAUUUAUCAAGCUCAAUGAAUUUACCAAGCAUAUCAGUGGUGAAGGCUCCAAAGCAGCUUCGGUCAGAGCGCUUCUCUUCGACAUUUCCUUCCUCAUGCUGUGUCACGUUGCCCAGACUUAUGGCUCUGAGGUAAUCCUUUCAGAAGCUGGUCCUCCUGGAGAGGUGCCUUUCUUUGAGACCUGGAUGCAGACCUGCAUGCCUGAAGAAGGGAAGAUCCUGAACCCUGACCACCCUUGCUUCCGACCCGAUUCCACCAAGGUGGAAUCACUAGUAGCUUUACUCAAUAACUCCUCAGAAAUGAAAUUGGUGCAGAUGAAGUGGCAAGAAGCAUGUCUGAGCAUCUCUGCUGCCAUCUUGGAGAUUCUGAAUGCCUGGGAAAAUGGGGUUCUCACCUCCGAAUCAGUCCAGAAAAUCACAGAUAACAUCAAGGGGAAGGUGUGUAGCAUGGCUGUGUGUGCCGUGGCCUGGCUGGUGGCCCAUGUCCGCAUGCUGGGCUUGGAUGAGCGGGAGAAGUCGCUACAGAUGAUCCGCCAGUUGGCAACACCCCUGUAUGGCGAGAACACCCUUCAGUUCUAUAGUGAAAGAGUUGUGAUCAUGAGUUCGAUCCUUGAGCACAUGUGUGCUGAUGUCCUGCAGCAGACGGCUGCACAAAUCAAGUUUCCUGCCACCGGUGUGGAGACCAUGCCCUACUGGAACCUCCUCCCUGCCAAGAAACCUAUCAAGGAGGUGCUGAUGGGCGUCUUCUCCAAGGUGUUAGAGAAGGGUUGGGUGGACAGCCGUUCCAUCCACAUCUUCGACACCCUUCUGCACAUGGGUGGAGUCUAUUGGUUCUGCAACAACCUUGUCAAGGAGUUAUUGAAGGAGACACGAAAAGAGCAUGCAGUGCGGGCUGUGGAGCUGCUGUACUCCAUCUUCUGCCUGGACAUGCAGCAACUGACACUCACCCUCCUGGGGCACAUCCUGCCCAAUCUGCUCACAGACUCCUCUAAGUGGCAUAUGCUGAUGGACCCACCAGGCAAGGCCCUCGCCAAGCUGUCCGUAUGGUGUGCCUCCAGCUCCUACUCUUCCCACAACAAGGGGCAGGCCUCUGCCUGGCAGCGCAAGAGACACCGAGAAGAUAUCGAGGAUUACAUCAGUCUUUUCCCAUUAGAUGAUACCCAGCCAUCCAAACUCAUGCGCCUGCUUAGCUCUAAUGAAGAAGACACCAGCAUCCUGUCCAGCCCCAGUAAGUGGAAUCAUGCAGACCGCACUAUGAGCAGUUCACUGUCGGCCUCGCAGCUCCACACAGUCAGCAUGAGAGACCCCCUCAACAGAGUCCUAGCCAAUCUCUUUCUGCUGAUCUCGUCCAUCUUGGGAGCCAAGACAGCUGGAACACACACCCAGUUCGUCCAGUGGUUCAUGGAGGAGUGUGUGGACUGCUUGGAACAGGGGAGCCGUGGCAGCAUCCUGCAGUUUAUGCCCUUCACUAUGGGCUUGUUUGCAAGGAGGCAAAAAAGAAAGAAAAAACCCCCAAUCUGCUCAUUCAACUCCUGCAGUUCCAGUCAUGGCCACAUUCCAGUGCCAUCAAGACUAUUCUGCCCUGGGAAGGGAGGAACAAUUUUUCAGAUAGAAGCACUUUCCCAACCUUACUGCCCUGUUCUAAUGUUAGGACAGAGAUCCAAGGGUGAGACCCAUGUAAUGGCAGAGGCAUUGUUUCUGAAGUGGAUAAGCAAUUAUAUUGAAAACAGGUCUCAGAGUUGGUGAAAGCAUCCACCAUGUCUAGCCCUAAAAUUGUUCUGGCCAUCACAGAUCUCAGCUUGCCUCUGGGUCGCAGGGUUGCUGCCAAAGCCAUUGCUGCCUUGUGAGCAUCCCACAUGCUGUGGGCAAAGGCAAAGUCAACGAAGGAAGGAUAAUGGAGCUCAUUUCAGACAAGCAUGGUUUGUUGGAUGGUGAACAAAGCCUGAACAAGCACCGAGCCUACACAGUUCCUUCUCCCAUUUCCUCUGUGCCUUGGAUACAGAACUGUGAUUCAAGAAUCCUGGUUGGUUAAAGCACAGCUAUGGGUGUCUUCCAAGCCUGGUUUGUAAGUUUAGGCUUACAAACCAGAAAAUGAAACCAGGAUUCUGUGCUGCUGAUUCUGUGUUCCAUCUGAAUGGAUCCUGUGUUCCAAAGCAACCAGAGGACUUCUUUGAUCUGUGCAAGUACUGCACAGAAACAGACAUUGGAGCGACAAGAGAAUAUGGAAGAAAGUGUGAGAUUGGUCUCCAGUGCAUUUUCAGAGUGUGCUGCUGGCAGCCUUGGAAGUACCAUGCUUGCUGCUCCAAACUGUUGCAAGGAUUUGUCCUCUUUCCAGUUAUAUUACCAUUUAUCAGUGCCAACAACUUGGCUGAACACAUUCAUCAGUUUUUGUGGACUGCUCUCCUCUUUGGUUUGUCUUAUUUUACAAACAUCCCCCCGCCUUUUUUUAAUUAUUGAAAAAAACUGAAUUCCCAGGUAAUGUGUCUUGUGAUGAGGUGUCUGGAAAAGUGAUGCUUUUGUGUUUAAUUGACAUUCCAAUGUUUUCCACCUCAGCUACAGCAAACUAUGAAAACAAUUAUAACAAACUUCAUGAUUUUACUUUAUUUCAUAGCCCAAGUCAAUACAUAAAUAACAUAAUUAAGAUAAUACAAUAAACUUGAUUUGUACAGUAAAUAUCAUAGAACAAGUCUAAAACAAUCUACAUCUUUUAGUACUUCACAUAAUUAAAUAUCAAAGAAUCUAUCACAGCAAAACCUAAAUAUUAAAAGUAAGAGAAAAAAGAAAACUGUAAAACGAACCUUGAAGAUCAUACAUUUCUAUCCGUCCCGUUUUAAGGGACAGAAAUAAUUCUAUGUAAUUAACCUCCUUUUUGUAAUCAGUAAACAGUUUAGUUGCAGUGUAUCCUAAAAACCACUUUUUCCUGCCUACUGUGUCUUAAUCAGAACCUUGCAACAUGCACUUGACUUUGGGAUUUAAAAUGCAGCCUUUGUGUGUUCAUUGACUGUGUUCCAAUGGGCAGCUCGUCUAUGGUAUGAGCUGCAGAGAGGUACAAUGUCACCAGUAGUCACUGUGGCAGUAUUUGCAAGGGGUUGGGAAUGCCAUCUUUCUGGGAUCACCCAUACUAGUGCCCUUCCUGGCUUUUAGAUCUAGUGGAUUUUGCAGCCCUUCUUUUUACUUCUUGUUAGGUCAGAGCAGCAGCAGAUGGUGCAUGUGUCAUCCAAGAAGAUGUGAUUAUCAAGUUGGAUUUGAAGGCCAUCUUGUACUUGGCUAUAAUGCUGGACCUAUAUUACUGAGCCUGUAUUGAAUCAUGAUAACUGUGCCAAGCAAGUAAAUAAAUUGCUGAAAUUAAUCCAGUCAUAGGGGAGAUGAGGAUUCCUGUGUGUGCCAAGCAGAUGACGUUUAGAAGAGGCAUUCCCUUGAGGAUGGUACAAGGAAAGAACCUUGUGUUUUAUUCCAUGGUUAUGCAAAGAUUUCUCCAUUUCAAAUGAGACAUAUUGUGAAUAUCGAGGCAAAAGGAGAUACGCUGGUGGAAGGCCAGCUGGGGUUCCCGUGUGGAGUAGAUGUCAGUCAUCUCCUUGGACUGGACGUAGCCCUUCUCAUGGUUGAUGCUGGCUUCGAUCACACCAUCCCGGAUGGCCUGGGAACCAGACAAUCACAAGGUUGUUUGAGAUUCUAACACCGCAGUAUCAUUGCUCUUUGCUUUCACCAAGCCACGGAAGAUCCCAGCCAUGCAACUUACCUUGUGUCAAAAGAAAGUAGGGCAUGAGUGACCUUUUCAGAGAUGGUUGCCGAAACUGCAGCCUGUCUGGGAUCUCACCUAGUAGCAGCUCCACCACAAUCAGCAGCUUAUGGACCUAGUGAGUAGAUGCAAUUCAUUUGUCCUGUUGCUAACCACGAACUCACAGAAUUCUGCAUGGAUGGCAAGUGCAGUCUCAUCACCAGCCCUCAGGACCACUUGGAGGAGCCAGCUCCCACUCACCGUCUGUUUGAAGCCAACGGCUGUGUGCUGUGGUGCUUUCCUCAGGGCAUUUGUCAUGGUUCUUCGGGCUUCAGAAUAUUCCAGCUGGAUGGCCUUGAUGCGGCCUGGAAAGGAAGAGCAGAUCUGUGUCAGGGGAGACUGGCAUGGCCAUAACAGACUUAAGGCUGUUUGUUCGAUUUUGCCCUGCAGAGCUAAACUGGAGGCUAGGGAUAAGGAACAGAACAGGAGAUGCCUCAAGGAAAAGGUCUGUCAUUUCUUUACUUCCUCCCUCUCUAAGCAGCUGAAGGGAGAUCUGAAAGCUCUCAGGACUGACCCCUGAAGGGCAUGGGACAUCAACCCAGUGGAAGAGUUGUUAUGCUAUCUCUGUGCACCUCCCUCUAGGAAUACAGGCAAUGGUUCUGGUUCUCUUUCUCUCCCCCAAAAUAAGUUUACACAGCUGGGGCUGCUGCCCCCACAUGUAUGCUUAGGGUUGAAUUAUUUAAUAUUUGUUGUGUUAUGUUUUUAUUGUAACUUGCUUUGAGUUCCACAAUUAAAUAAAUAAAUAAAUAAAUAAAUAAAUAAAUAAAUAAAUUUUAAAAAAA